UCACAGAGACAGAACACAGCUGCCGAUUAUUAUUAUUAUUAUUAUUAUUUUAAUUAAAAGCCGUUGUUUUCUGCGCGUUCAUCGUUCACUACAUCUAUAUUUGGAGAUAAGAAUAAAUCACAAGAACAACUCAACGAUGCAGGACAACGGGAAGGAAGUGGAUGGCAGUCUCCUAGGAGACGCCAAUGGGGUGGAGCCGAGCCCGGGGGGGCACAAGGACGGUGUGAAAUGGCAGAAGCCCCGCCUCUCCAGGAAAGCGCUGAUGAAAUGCUGCCUGGUCAAGUGGAUCAUCGACAGCACCGCCUCCCAGGGGCCAGACAGCAGUGAAAGUGAUCUGGAGCUGUCGACAGUGAGGCACCAGCCGGAGGGUCUGGAUCAGCUGCAGGCGCAGACCAAAUUCACCAAGAAGGAGCUGCAGUCUCUGUACAGGGGCUUCAAAAACGAGUGCCCCAGUGGUCUGGUGGAUGAGGAGACCUUCAAGAUGAUCUACUCUCAGUUCUUCCCACAAGGAGACGCCACCACCUACGCCCACUUCCUGUUCAAUGCCUUCGACAUCGACAGGACCGGCUCCAUCCGCUUCGAGGUGAGGGUCGGAGGGCAGUGA